CCGGUUAGAUUCAAGAUGGAGUCGUGCGGAGUGAAGCUGAGUUUUUGGGAAAACGGGCCUAAGCCGGGGCAGUUUUACUCUUUCUCCGGGGGCAGCAACGGAAUAGGUUCUGCAGCGACCGGCGGACCCGUCAGACACACGCUUAACCCAAUGGUAACAGGGACCUCUGUUCUGGGUGUUAAGUUUAAUGGUGGAGUGAUGAUUGCUGCAGACAUGUUGGGUUCAUAUGGCUCUCUGGCGCGGUUCAGGAACAUCUCUCGCCUCAUGAAGGUGAACAACAACACGAUACUUGGGGCAUCCGGAGACUAUGCAGAUUAUCAGUAUCUGAAACAGGUCAUUGAGCAGAUGGUAAUCGAUGAGGAGCUUCUGGGGGACGGUCACUCUUACAGCCCCAAAGCCGUGCACUCGUGGCUCACCCGUGUCAUGUACAACCGCCGCAGUCGCAUGAACCCGCUGUGGAACACUGUGGUGCUGGGAGGGUUCUACGAUGGAGAAGGGUUUUUGGGUUACGUGGACAAACUGGGCGUGGCUUAUGAGGCUCCCACUGUGGCCACGGGCUUUGGAGCGUACCUGGCACAGCCACUAAUGAGGGAGGUGGUGGAGAACAGGACAGACCUUUCCAAACAAGAAGCUAGAGAUCUGAUCGAGCGCUGCCUCAAAGUGCUCUACUACAGAGACGCGAGAUCCUACAACAGGUAUGAAAUCGCCAUAGUUACAGCUGAAGGAGUGGAGAUAAUUGGGCCUCUUUCAUCUGAGACUAACUGGGACAUUGCGCACUUGGUCAGUGGAUUCGAGUGAAGCCCAGCAGUAAAUAUGGAAGCGCAUCAACCCCUCCCUCAUCUAGUUCUUUCUGAUGUUAAAUGUUUUUGUACACUGAAAAUUAAAUAAAUGCAAAAUCCGAGAAGUCA